UCUUGUUUUUGAUCAAAAUAGGAGUUGAUUUCAUUCACGAGUUUCAUAAACCUAUCCAUGCAUUCUUGUGAAUGGAUCUGUUUGAAUUUUUGAGUUCGUCUUGAUUCAGAUGACAGAAAUUGUUGAUUUCAUGGAAUCAUGCGUUGUGGUUCCACGAUUUUUGUAUAUAUAAUAGUGUGAAAGGAAAGAUCUGCAAUGGAAGGCAUUGAUGUCUCAGCAUAUGAGCAUAGCCCUGUGCACAAGGCCAUAGUGUUGAGGGAUCAUAUUGCUCUUGAUGAGUUACUUGGGCGUCUCCCAAAACUAGCUAACCCCUUAGAGAUUAAAACUGAGGCUGCUUCAUUAGCGGAGGAAGAAAAGGGUGCAGUGAUCUCUGCUACGGUGGAUAGAAGGGAUGUACCAAACGGUGACACCCCUCUUCACCUUGCUGUGAAACAUGGUGAUUUUAUUGCAACUGAGAUGCUCAUGGAUGCUGGGGCAAACGGUAGGUUGAAGAACAAGGAAGGAUGGACUGCUCUGAGAGCAGCUCUCAUUCACAAACAAGAUAAAAUAGCAAUCGUUAUGAUGAGGUACUAUAUGAGUGACUAUGAGAAAAAGUAUGUUAGAAGGUUGCCUAGGUAUAUAGGGACUUUAAGAAGGAUGAAGGACUUCUACAUGGAGAUUACAUUCCAUUUUGAGAGUUCUGUGAUACCUUUCAUCUCAAGGAUUGCACCUUCAGACACUUACAAGAUUUGGAAAAGGGGUGGCAAUAUGAGGGCAGACAUGACUUUGGCUGGCUUUGAUGGUUUGAAAAUCAAGAGGUCAAAUCAGAGCAUUCUUUUUUUUGGUGAUGGUGAUAAAGAUGAUGAUAGAAAAUUCCCUGGAUCCUUGUUCAAAGUCUCACACAAAGAGAAGGAAGUACUUGUGAUUUCACCCAGCAUAGCUGCUCCUUCUGAGAAAGAGGUUAAGAAGAAAUUGAAUCAGAAGUAUAGGACUGACUCAUGUAGGAUUGGGAUUGAUGUGAGUGAGGCACUUCUUGUUCCCCAGGUAACUUGGAGGAAAAAGGAGAGGAAAGAAAUGGUGGGGCCAUGGAAAGCCAAGGUGUAUGACAUGCACAAUGUGAUUCUCAGUGUGAAAUCCAAAAGUAUCCCUGGAGCUCCACCACCUGAGGCCAGACAAAGGAAGAAGAAGGAUGGUGAAAAAAUUGAUGACAUUUUGACAGAUGACGAAAAGAAGCAAUUGGAAGCUGCAAUUAAUUCAACAGAUGAAAAUGGUCCAUGUGAAAAAGGUAACCGUGUGAAGAAGGAAAAGAAGGAAAAGAAAGAAAAGAAAGAAAAGAAAGAAAAGAAAGAAAAGUCUGGUGGACAUAGAGACCACAAGGACAAAACCACAAAUGCAAACCAUGAGAACUUUACUUCCAAAAAUGGUGAAAACCAGUACACAAGAGGGAUGAUGCCUUCUCUUUGGCUUUCCCAAAACUUUCCACUAACAAUUGAUGAAUUGCUACCUAUGCUUGACGUUCUUGCUGAGAGACUUAAAGCAGUUCGUCGGUUAAGAGAACUCCUUACAACAAAACUUCCAAAGGAGUCCUUUCCAGUCAGGGUAGCCAUCCCUGUGGUGUCCACCGUUAGAGUAUUGGUGACUUUCACAAAGUUUGAAGAAUUACAACAAGAAAAUGUAGAUGAGUUUGAAUCAGCCCCAUCAAGUCCUACUGGUGACCAAAAGAACCUAGAAGAGGAAGAAAAUUCCUCGUCCUCUUCAUCAUCAUCAUGGUUUCAGUGGAUAAAGGCCCCUUCAAGAUCUAAUUCAUCUAGUUUGGAAUCUAGUAGUAGGGUAUUUGAUGAAGAGGAUCUGUUUGCUAUUCCCUCAGAUUAUAAAUGGUUUACUGAAGAAGAAAAGGCAAAACAGAAAAGAGCUAGGAAAAGUAAAAUGGAUGGAAGCAAGUAGUAACAAAAGUUACAAAGAUUUCAAGUAGGAACUUCACAUGGUUGAACAAAAAUAUAGGAAAACUUUUAACGUAAAGAUGAGAUGCUUUCAAAAGAACAAGCAAUAGCUAGACUCACUUCGCAUGUGACUGACAAAGAUCAUCAUUUGUUAGAACUGGCCUUAUUUUUAUGACAUCUGAUAUGGAUUAUGUUGCAAUUGCAAGUGGAGAUAAACAUAACAUAAAUUGAACCAGUAGGACAUUGAGAGACGCAAAACUUGGAAGUUAUUCAUCCAAAAUGAGGGAAACAA